AUGGCGGCGCAUGGCACACACCUCCUCCAAUUAGUUCUGUCCAGCCAGAAAAUCACGGCGCAGGUGACGUGCAGCAGCUCAAAGUCGAUCAUAGCCAUGGCCUCAUCGAGCGAGGAAGAGUUCAUCAAAGCUUACAGAGCGAAAUUGAACCGAUUCCCACGGUCGAGCAUCUACUGGGACUCGAAGACCGCAUCACGAAUCGGCGAUAAGAUCGGGACCCGCCUCCAAGAGAAGGGCAUGUCGAGCGUCGUAAUUGAUGUAGGGGAGGAGCUCUCAAGGCCUAUCCACUACCGCAGGCUGCUGGGGCCCUUCUUCGAAUUGAUUGGUGAGAUAGUAUUGUCUGUUUAUACAGUUGCAAUUGAAAUUUUGAGCUGGUGUUUAAUAACUGCUCAAACUCAGAAUGAAGAAUUGAGCAAAUAG